CUCUACCAAGGUAACAUGGCUGCGUCCUUGGAGGAAGACGAUGAUAUUCUGAAGAGUGAUUAUUAUGCUCUUCUCAAUGUUGCGAGAGACGCCUCCCUAGAAGAAAUCAACAAUGCUUUUCGACAUCUCAGCAAAAUCUACCAUCCAGAUAAGCAUGUCAACCCAGACCGAAAGAAGAAAGCAGAGGAGAUAUUCAACAAACUCAGAAAGGCCCAUGAUGUUUUACGAGACAAGCGCACACGGGCGGUGUACGAUAUGUUCGGCGAGAAGGGCUUGGAGCAAGGGGAUAUGGAGCUAUUUCCGGUUUGGAGGGAGAAUCGAAGUGACCCAGCUGGGGUACAGACCAAGUGCAACAUUCAUGCUGGCGUACCAGUUUGACCGCAACAUCCAAGGUCGUCUGACGUACAAUCUGAGCCGGCCGUCCUCCAUCAACACCACGGUCGUCUACAGCAACGAACAGCACCAUCUGUCCACCUCCGCACAGCUCGGCGUGCGGUCCAGCCAUCUGUCCUUGACCUACGUCCGCACAUUCCUGGAACACAAUACCAAAGUCCGCGGGGCUCUCAAACUAAGCACGGUGGGCAGUGUGGUGGAGUGCUCGGUGGAGAAAAAGAUCACAGACUUCAGCCACGUCGGGGGGACCCUGCUGGUGGGAGUGCCGCUGGGAGUGCACCUCAAGAUCAAACUUCUGCGCGGCCAGCAGAGUUUCUUCUUCCCGAUCUACCUGUCAGAGGGCCUGAGCCCCAGCGCCAUCGUGUACGGCGCGGUCGUCCCCUUGGUCUCCUACUUUGUGAUACGCAAGCUCAUCGUCAACCCCUUCCUCAAGCAGCAGAAGCAAAGGGAGAUGGAGAAACAGAAGGAGGAAUACGCAGAGAGGCUGGCACAGAGGAAGGAGGAGGCCAGCAAAGCUGUGGAGCUGAUGAAGGCAACGUACGAGCGCUGCGUCGAGAUGGAAGAGAAGAAGUCGGGUCUGGUGGUCAUGAAGGCUCUCUACGGGAAGCUGUUGUCUUCUGAUGAUGGAGAGAUCCUGGAGCACACAUGUAUCGACGUGACCAUCCCCAUCCAGGCACUGGUCAAGGACUCUAAGCUCAUUCUGCCCGAGACACUUUCAAAGAGCGGCCUUCCUGGCUUCUACGACCCGUUCAUCGGUGAGGAAAAGAAGCUGUACAUUCGCUACAAGUUCCGCAGCCGGCUACACCAAGUCUUCCUCUCCGACACGGAGCCUAUACGACUUCCACAGCAGAAACAUCUGAUGCAGGUGGAGGAACCGCAUGUGAGAAGUUUGUGACGUCGGUGUGACAGCGGAGUGACAUCGGUGUGACGGAGGUGUGACGUCGGUGUGACAGCGGAGUGACAUCGGUGUGACGGAGGUGUGACGUUGGUGACCGCGGUGCAACAUUGGUGUGACAGCAGUGUGACAUCGGAGUGACAGAGGUGUGACAGCAGUGUGACGUCGGUGACCGCGGUGCAACAUUGGUGUGACAGAGGUGUGACAUCAGAGUGACAGAGGUGUGACAUCGGAACUCGUCGUAGACCAAGAGGGGAGGGGAGGUGUCAGACUCGAUCGCUCGCCGCCCUAACUGAGCCGGCACCGACUGGGCGAGGGGGAAGAACUUGAACCAUUGUUGUUCCCAACUCUGAUCUAUGAAUUAAUAAGGACUAAUAUGUUAAAAUAAUGACAAAUGAAGGCGUAGCAAGCUUGGCUCUAACCCCGGCUUGUCAUUUCUAAGUCGCUAGUUUGUUUACGUUUGGUGUAAGGUUUUGUCUCAUGAAGAUUCUCGGGGAUGAACAACGGAAAAUUGUCUCGGGUUUCCGGAAAAAAUAAAAUUUUCUGGUGGGCUGGAUAAUAUGAUAAAUUUUUCCAGCGGGCUGGAUAUGGGCCGCGGGCGUUGAGUCUGACACCUGUGACCUUGAACCUCAUCGUCCCGCGUCAUCUGUGGGGGUCGUCGCUGCGCCGGCUCAACUAUCUGUCGUCUGCCAUGUCUGCCCGGAUCUAUCGUUCCUGCCAAUCUGUCGUCUAUCCUGUCUACCGAUCUGUCGUUCCUGCCUGCGGUUUAUCGCUGGAGCUCACUGGCCAGGCCUGAGGGGAAAAAUGUUGUUGUUGGUUCUGUUGGAAUGUUGGUUGGUACGUGCUGGGAAAGGAGAGUUGUGAGAGAGGAGAGAGAGUUGUGUGAAUAUCGAAUUGAAACAGCUGAUUGGAAGUCUAAGUGAGAUUACGGGGGGGGGGGGGGGGGUGAUCAUCGCAGUCUUUGUUAUGUUAAAGAAAUAAUCUUACACAUACAUACACACACACAUACUUACACACACACAUACUUACACACGCACAUACUUGCACAUACACA